CCUCACGCCUCCCCUGCUCCCAACCAACCCUAGGACGACCAACGGCGAACGGAUAGAACCCUAAUAGAUUAUUGAUUGAUAGUAGAUAGAUAGCGCGUGAUGUGUGGUGGUGGUUUGAUUUGAUUGGACUGGACGCGGCGGGGGAUUUUUUUUAAUAUUUUUGCCCUGCCGAAUUGGGGCUUUUAUUGAGGAGAAACUUCUCUCGAGGAGAUUUUGCCGAAUCUAGAAACGAAAUGGGGAUCAGGGGGCUCAGGGGGUGGUUGCCGAAUCUAGUAACUGUUUGCGGGGUGGUAACGAUCCCCCUCGCUUUACGAAAAAUUUCCACCAGAUUGCUGAUUUAAGACUGGGGGUGGGUUUAAAUACACGGGGGUGCUUGGUAGAUCGAGCAGAGCAACGGGGGGAAUUGCGUCAUGGAGUUGUGGUAAUAAAGGGAUGGUAGUACGUUUUCUCCUUUUUGUUUUUGCGAGUGGAAUGAAAUGCCGAGUGAUGAUUCAGUUCGAAUGGUCCAUGUGCUGCUGUUCUGCGCGUCUGUUGAAUGCUCUGUUAUAAAUUUUCGUAAUAAAUUCUAGUGCUUGACAAUUGACUAGAGUUAGUCACUGCAUUGCUUUUGCUGUCAUCAGCUGCUGCUGCUAUUGCUGUCUAGAGUUUCUUAGUUUCUCUGCUUAGGUUGAUCAAACAAGCAUUUUAAGUUAUUACUACAGUGGUGUAUUUUCCAAGUUUCAAUAGUCCUGGUAUGUUGUAGUAUUCAUCAUGCUAGGUUUUGUGGAGAGGUCACAACCACUAGAAGGUUAAAGCUAUUGCUUUAUCUGCCGCUAUGCUGGCUGCCCUGUUUUUUUUGUUACUUAGUAAAUGUCUUAGUGUCUGAAAUCGUGUAGGGGUUGGUUUGUGUUUACCCGAAGGUACUCAUGUCAUAGGUAGCUCUUUAUGGGAGCAGCUGUAGAUUGUUGCUAUAUCUUGUGAAGUUGCAUAAUGGGAUUAUUUGUCACAUAGAUUCCGUAGCUGUUUUUCUCUUUUUCAAGAGUUGCAUUGCUGCUGAAAAAGAUGUAGCCUUUGGUUAUGGGGCAUGUUUAGCAGAAGCUGUUUCUUCUGUUGUAAUUAGCUUUUAAUUUGGGGUAGCUAGAACUCAAUAUCUUCCAAUCAGAGUUAAGUAGAUCAGUAAUAUCUGCUUUUGUUUCUAAUUUUAAACUCAAUAGUUGUGAUGCAGCUGUAGAAUGUAGCAUUUGCACUGAUUGGGAGAGCAUUUGUAGAUAAGUGGUCUUUUUUAGUUCCGACUAUAGUUUGGAGUAGCUAUGGGUUAUUUAUCUUUUGAUUGGGAGUAGGCUGUCACUCACGGUUGAUGUUUUGGCAAAUUCCGUAGAAGGGAUUAUUUGUCGGUUUUAGUGUGUAUUUUUGUUCAUGUGGGACAAAGUUGUUUAGAUUUGGCAAAGAUCUCGAUGGUCUUUUAGGUUUAUACUCUCUUUUGUAGUUUGGUGGUGAUGGCAUUGAUAAUUUUCUGUCAUGGGUCCUUUUGGCAGGGUAUUUCUUCGGCAAAUGUCGCAUGCACAAUCAUAACACAGUUACGGUUUUGUAGUUUGGUGGUGAUGGCAUUGAUAAUUUUCUGUCAUGAGUCCUUUUGGCAGGGUAUUUCUUCGGCAAAUGUCGCAUGCACAAUCAUAACACAGUUACGGUUGGACUAAGGGAUUGCAAAGGAGAUUGCUAGUGCCGGAUUAGAUCUAGGAUUGGGUUGGGCUAGUGAAAGUUUCUAGACUAGUUGAGCACUCUUUCUCCUCCUGUUAUUUAGGUAGCCUCUGUUUUAUGCAAGCUUUAAUUGUGUUUUUCUUUUAUUUAGUACUCUGUUAAUAUCGGCAAGCCUGACAUUGCUGCAGCUCAUGUUAAAGUCCAACAUCAUUCUUAUUUUAAUUUACUUCUUCCUUUUCUAAACCUUAAUGUUGGACACUAUAGUACUGGUGCUAUUGUUUACAUUGCUUUCCUUUAGAAACAACGAAGAAUCUAGAGCCUAGCUUGCACUCUUAAGUAGCUAUGUCAAACAUUUCCACCAAUGUGUCAUCAUUCUUUUGUUCUUAGCUAUGUUCUGCAUACUUAUUUACUUUAUCUGUAAAAGGGUCUGCCUGGAUGCUGAGAUCCUGUAUUGCUAGAACCCAAAUUCUUGAGAUGGGUAGGAAGUGGACAACAAGAGGACGGAGUGGGCAGGGUCACAGCACAAAAGGAAUCCAGCGAAGAAUGAUUUUCAGAUAUUUUCUACAAAAGGUCAAUUAUAGCUUUCAAAAAGUAGGUUCUGUUACCCCAGAAGAUUGUUAUCGAGUCCAAUAGUUUCCAAAGGUUCAAACUAUAUGCAUUUACCCAUGACAUGGGGUCUCGUGGAAGGAUGUUAUUUGACCUUAAUGAGCUCCCAACAGAAGCUGAAGAAGAAGAAGCCGCAGUUGUUGUGUCACAACCUCAGAAGACCCUUCCUGUUCCCACAGCAGGGCCCUCUUUAUUUCCGCAACAGGAAGUAACACAGUCGCAGGGGAUAUUAAACAAUAAUGCCUUUAAGCACGCACCGUCCGGUUCAGGUUUUCAGCCUUUUGUGAGGAGCAAAGAUUCACAAAUUACAAAGGAGCCAAUCAAGGCAGAAGAUAAUUUGAAUGCUAGCAUAGCCUCUACAUCUAUGUUAAUCAACCAUAGCUCUGAUGGUGUUGCUAAAAUGAUUGGGUCCUCCAAUCAGGUUUCUCAGGCAGUGGAAAGAGAGGAAGGAGAGUGGUCUGAUGCAGAUGUUGCUUCUGACACUGCAGGGAGUAGUGUUAGCAACAAAGAAGAGUUGGCUGGUACUGCAACUACACAAGUGAAAAGGGAUUCCCAAGAAAGUGAACCUACUGCUGUCAAAUCUGGUAACAUGAUUAAAGAUGAGGCCGCCGCUGAGCCCAGUGACACCGAAAUGAUGGAUGUGCCUAAGGAUCCAGUGGUACGUGGUCCCACAGGACUUGAGAGCACGAAAAAUUUAGAAAACAAAGGAAAUCAGCUUGGGGAUGAUUCAGAUCUGUCCAACAAGUCAAAGGAUGUUAGAGGUGUAGAAGCCAAUUAUGCGUUGAAGUUUGCAAGUAACCCUUCAAAGAGACCUAAGUUGGAUGAACACAAAGAGGCAAUGCUAGGUAAAAAGAGAGCCAGGCAAACUGUGUUCAUUAAUGUUGAGGAUGCAAAGCAAGCUGGCACAAUGAAGACAUCAACACCCAGAAGACAGUCAUCCUUUCCAGCACCAAUUGUCACACGUACUGUGAAGGAAGCUUUUCGCAGUGGUGGUGGUAUUGCUGAAAGAGCUGCAGAAAGACAAAGUCAGCCAACCAUCAGGGAUCAGAGGCAAUCUGAAAUGCUUGGUUCGGAACGAAGUAAUUCUGCAGAUCCAAUCGAUCAAAUUUCUGAAUCCAAUGGUGAUGCUGAGACGGGAUCUCAAGGCCGGCCAAAGAAAAUGAAUGCUGAAGAAGCCCCUGCAGAUGGUUAUCAACAACCAAUGCCAAGACAGUUAAAGGGCAGACAAAUUUCUUCUCAGAGAUCGGUUGUAACAGGACAGAAUACUGUAGAUCAGAAACCAGUCAACAAGAGGUCUCUUGUUUCCAAAAAACAAACUCCAGCAAAUAACAUGCAAUACCAAGACACUUCUGUUGAACGACUUAUACGGGAGGUGACAAGUGACAAGUUCUGGCACAAUCCAGAGGAGGCAGAACUUCAAUGUGUUCCUAAAAGUUUUGAAUCCGCUGAGGAGUACAUUAGAGUUUUCGAGCCUUUGCUCUUUGAGGAAUGUCGAGCUCAGUUAUAUAGUUCCUAUGAGGAGAGUCUUGAGUCUGUAUCAAGGGAUGCACAUGUUAUGGUGCGGGUGAAAACAGUGGAGAGGCGUGAAAGAGGAUGGUAUGAUGUUGUUGUUCUACCAAUGCACGAGUAUAAAUGGACUUUCAAAGAAGGUGAAGUUGCAGUUUUGUCCUUUCCUAGGCCUGGUUCAGCUUCCCAAUCAAGUAGAUCUAAUAGGCGGAAUGUUGGUUCAAAUGAAGACACUGAGUCAGAGUGUGGACGGCUUGUUGGUACAGUCAGACGCCAUACGCCUAUUGAUACACGCGAUCCCAUUGGGGCAAUCAUUCACUUCUAUCUUGGGGAUUCAUUUGAUUCUAGCAGCAGUGAGACCAAUGUUUUGAGGAAACUCCAACCUCGGAGCACCUGGUAUCUGACUAGUCUUGGUUCCCUAGCAACAACACAAAGGGAAUAUGUUGCCUUGCAUGCAUUCCGCAGACUCAAUGUUCAGAUGCAAAAUGCUAUUCUUCAGCCAAGUCCAGAGCACUUCCCCAAGUAUGAAGAGCAGCCACCUGCUAUGCCUGAUUGUUUCACUCCAAAUUUUGCUGAUCAUCUGCAUCGUACUUUCAACGGGCCUCAGCUAUCAGCGAUUCAUUGGGCUGCAAUGCAUACAGCUGCUGGCACAAGCAACGGAGCUGUGAAGAAACAAGAACCCUGGCCUUUCACAUUAGUGCAAGGGCCGCCUGGGACAGGAAAAACCCAUACGGUAUGGGGGAUGCUAAAUGUUAUCCAUCUUGUUCAGUAUCAACAUUACUAUGCUGCUCUGCUCAAGAAGCUUGCUCCUGAAAGUUACAAGCAAGUUAGCGGUAACACAAGCAACAGCUCGGAGACUGUUGCUGCAGGGUCCAUUGAUGAAGUUUUACAGAGUAUGGAUCAGAACCUUUUCCGCACUCUUCCCAAGCUUUGCCCCAAACCACGGAUGCUUGUAUGUGCUCCAUCAAACGCCGCCACAGAUGAGCUGCUUGCUCGCGUUCUUGAUCGUGGUUUUAUAGAUGGUGAAAUGAAGGUCUAUCGUCCUGAUGUUGCCCGUGUUGGAGUUGAUUCACAAUCUCGUGCUGCUCAAGCUGUUUCAGUUGAGCGAAGGACUGACCAGCUUUUAAUGAAGGGCCGUGAUGAAGUGAUUGGGUGGCUGCAACAGCUAAAAUGCCGUGAGCAGCAAUUAUCACAGGAGAUAGCCCUUCUACAAAGGGAACUUACUAUGGUUGCAGCGGCUGGCAGAUCGCAGGGUUCAGUUGGAGUAGACCCUGAUGUGCUCGCUCAAAGAGAUCGUAGUCGUGAUUUUCUACUUCAGAAACUUGCUGCUUCAGUAGAAAGCAGGGAUAAAGUAUUGGUGGAGAUGUCACGCCUGCUGAUAUUAGAAAGCAGGUUCCGUGUUGGCAGCAACUUCAAUAUGGAAGAUGCUAGGGCUAGUCUAGAAGCAAGUUUCGCCAAUGAAGCAGAAAUUGUUUUUACAACAGUUUCAAGCAGUGGUCGCAAGUUAUUUUCCCGCCUUAGUCAUGGCUUUGAUAUGGUGGUAAUUGAUGAAGCUGCUCAGGCUAGUGAAGUAGCAGUCCUCCCUCCACUUUCGCUCGGUGCAGCUAGGUGUGUCUUGGUUGGUGAUCCACAACAGCUCCCUGCAACUGUUAUCAGCAAAGCAGCUGGGACUUUAAUGUACAGCAGGAGUCUCUUUGAGAGGUUCCAGUUGUCUGGUUGCCCUACCAUUUUGUUAUCGGUGCAGUAUCGGAUGCAUCCCCAGAUCCGUGAAUUUCCAUCAAGACACUUCUAUCAAGGGCGCCUUACAGAUAGUGAAAGUGUUGUCAAAUUGCCUGACGAGGCAUAUUAUAGAGAUGCAUUAAUGGCACCUUACAUAUUCUAUGACAUCUCACAUGGUCGUGAAUCUCAUAGAGGUGGGUCAUCUUCGUACCAGAAUGUUCAUGAAGCACAGUUUGUUUUGCGUUUGUAUGAGAAUCUUCAGAAGUUCUUGAGAGCUAAUGGUGGCAAGAAAGCUUCUGUUGGUAUAAUCACACCAUAUAAGUUGCAGUUGAAAUGUCUUCAGCGGGAAUUCGAGGAGGUUAUGAGUACUGAGGAUGGGAAGGACAUUUACAUAAACACAGUUGAUGCUUUUCAAGGACAGGAGCGUGAUGUGAUUAUUAUGUCAUGUGUCCGUGCCUCAAAUCAUGGUGUGGGUUUCGUGGCAGAUAUACGCCGUAUGAAUGUUGCUCUUACUAGAGCUAGGAGAGCUCUAUGGGUUGUUGGUAAUGCCGGUGCUCUUAUGCAGUCUGAGGACUGGGCUUUACUGAUAGCAGAUGCAAAGGCCAGGAAAUGUUUUAUGGAUCUUGAUACCAUUCCCAAGGACUUCCUUGCCAUGAAGAUCUCUAACACUCCAGGAAGGAACACUUCAAAUAACAUAAGGAACAUGAGGACUGGUGGACCAAGACCGAGGCAUUUGGAAAUGCUUCCAGAUUCCAGGGUUAGCAUGAGGCCUGAUGAGGAUGAACGUUCUAACUCUGUUCCGAGAAAUGGCAGUUACAGAAAUUUGGAUGAUCUGGGACGUCCUGGUGAUAGGUCUAGAGAUAAUUUGCCUUUUGGAAUGCCUAGGAGGCCGAAUUCGUCGAAUGGUUCAAGAAGAGAAGUGUAAAGAAUGCACUGCUGUAACUGUACAUUUGCUUGGUCUGUGCAGCCCUGGACAGUCUUGGAUGGACAAGGUGGCGUCUAUUCAGAAGAUGUGCACUUGGCUCUACCGGUGGAUGGGAUGGUGAUGGGAAGGUGUUGGUAUUCACAACACCAGACGAUUGAUUAUGAAACCAAGCCUCUAGUGACAAUGGGUUGUAAGCCUCAGGUGCCUGUACCUAGAGAUGGCAUUUUGUUGGAUGGGUGCCUCAUGGAACAAAGUUGCUUCAUGUCGUCAGUGUUUCGAAACAUCACAGGAUUUCCAUAUCUAGUGACCAGAAUUGAGCAAGGUGUCAGCUGGACAGAUUAUGCCUGACAUUGCAAUGCUUGCUUUUUAGCAUGCUUUAACAGAACCUAUCAUCUCAUAGAUAUACAUGCAUGGGCAUUUUCAUUUUGAAAACAUGCCGGGAGAAAAACAACUCUCACUGGCUCUAGAGCAGGUUAGGUUUCAAGCUUUUGUUGCAAGAUUGCUGCUGCAGCGAACAUUCAUGCUUGAUAUGUCCUGUAGGAUUAGUAUGCUAACAUAGGCAGGGCUUUUGUAACAUAUGACAUAAGCUCCCUCUGUAUACAAAAUCCGCAUCUAGAAAAGUUGAUUAUUUGAUUCAGCUGUCAUGUUUGCCUCUGGUUCUGUUGCCCAUGGGUUCCCGAAUGCUGUCUUGUGUAUAUAUUGUAAGCUCACAAAAGAUGUCCCCAGCAUAUUUUAAGCUGUAUUUGUUUUUCGUGA